AGAGAUGGGGGCAUCCUGAUCUCCCUGGGGAUGGCCAUCAAUGGGGAGUGCUUUGUAGUGCUCCUGCAUGGCAGAGGGAUGGACUGAAUGCCCCUGGGGUUUCUUCCAACUCCAUGAUUCUCUGAUCCCUCCAGGGAGGGCAGAGCUUGGGUUGGUGCUGCUGGUGCUGAAGGGACAGCUCCCUGCGGAGCUCAGGCAAGCGCCUCCUUCCUCCGCUUCAGCACUAAGGAGGCGGACAGCUCCCCGGUUUAAAGGAAGGCGGAUCCGCAGGCGCUACAGAAGGGCUCGGGAUGAAUGGCGAGUGUUGGGGGCUCUUCCAAAGAUUUCUCCAAGGUUCACACUGCUGGAGGGAGAAAGAGAAAGAAAGGAAGAGGCUGUCCUGAGGCUGGCCAACGCUGAAAGGCACCGCAGCCCUUCCUCUGCUCCAGGCGCCCAGGAAUGUAACCCACUAUGCUGGUGCUCAGGUUCCUCAAUGUGGUGGCUCCUGCCUAUUUCCUGUGCAUCUCCAUCGUGACCGUUGGCCUCCAGCUUUUUCUUUUCAUCCCCAGCAUGUUCCAAGACCCUUCGGCCACCCCUCUCUUCUCCUCUGCUCUCCUGCACGGAGCCCUCUUCCUCUUCCUCUCAGCCAAUGCUCUGGGAAACUAUAUCCUUGUGAUACAGAACACCCCUGAGGACUUGGGUGUUCAGGAGGACCUGGGCUUAGCCAAACCAGUGGCCCCUGAGUCAGAAGAGGGUGGGAAUGGGUACCCUGGUUCAGUGUUGCCUGCUGGCACUCACUUCUGCAAACUGUGUGCCAGAGUCACCCAAAGGCACGACCACCACUGUUUCUUCACAGGGAACUGCAUUGGGAGCAGGAACAUGCGGAACUUUGUCAUGUUCUGCCUGCACACCUCUUUGGCUUGCCUCGAUUCCAUGGUGGCCGGGGUGGCUUAUAUUUCUACUGUGCUCUCCACCUCCUUUGCCAGCCCACUGGCUUUCCUCACACUUCUGCCUCACUCCAUCAGCCAGUUCUUCUCAGGAGCUCUUCUCAGCUUGGAAAUGUUCGUCAUCCUCAUGCUUUACCUCUGGCUGGGGAUUGGACUUGCCUGUGCUGGCUUCUGUUGCCACCAAAUUCUGCUGAUCCUGCGAGGGCAAACCAGGUACCAGGUGCGGAAAGGGAUGGUGACACAAGCCCGGCCCUGGAAGAAGAACCUGGAGGAGGUCUUUGGGAAGAGAUGGCUGCUGGGACUUCUCAUCCCCAUGCUCAACGUUGGAAGUGACUAUCACAGGCAAAAAGAGAAGUGAGGCUUCACACACACCUCUACCCCAGCACAGAUGGACAUGCACAUAGGUGUGUACACAUAGGCACAUACACAAGUACAUGCACACAUGCUCUUACUGUGCUGAAAUGCAGCCCUCUGGGUGGUUUGAUCCUUUCCUUCACUCCUCAAGGUUCAAAUUGGGGAGAGCGCAGAUGAGCUCCCUCUGUCAGCUCCGGCUCCUCAUGCGGGGAGAUGAGAGAAGCCUCCCACAAGGAUGAUAAAACAUUAAAAAAAAUCUGGGUGUCUCCUGGGCAACGUCCUUGCAGAUGGCCAAUUCUCUCACACCAGAAGUGACUUGCAGUUUCUCAAGUUACUUCUGACACACACACACACACACACACACAAAACUCCUCAGGCCUUGCUACCUAGAAGAAGAGAAGUGAUUCCCAAGUGUAACAAGGCUAAUUCUGUGCUGUAGAGGGGGAAAGGUGAUGAAUUGUCAUGUGAGAUACAGGGAAAAUAUGGCACUGAAUUAGUGAGAUAGUGGAACCAGGGUUUCCAGGACCUGAUUGUCAGGGCUUUUUGAUUGACAGGGUCAAUGACACCAUCUGCCACUACCUGUGGGCUUCCCUGGAGCUUUCCAGUUCUCAGGAUAAUACUGAGCUGUGGGUGGAUUCUUUCAGAGACAAUCUUGUUAGGAAUUCUCUGCCAAAAUGAAAAAUGUCAGGGGCACCAUUGGUGUGAAUGGGUAAUUAAGAUCAGUUUGCUUUACAAAAGGCCUAUUUCUGAUUAUUAUGAAUGCUGCCAGAUCUGGCAAGUUGGUAUAUGAAUCCAUAUAGCUGCUUGCCCAUUUCUUUUGGGGGAGGGGGGAGGCGGGAGGAUUCUUUUUGCAGAUAUAAUUAUUAAUGCAUGUCUGCACUUCAAAAUGGCCCACUGCAGCACUGGCAGCCAUCAUUAGGUUGUUAAAUAUAGGCAUCCGGUCCUUCCUUGGGCCUGUGGAUCAUUUUAGCACUAUAUUUCCCUCUUGUUCCUUUCUACCUUGUCUUUCCUGCUUAACAUGCAGAAGAAAUAGGAACAGCAGAACCUUCCGCCAUAUGAAAAAGUAGGCUGUGUCGUCACGAACAAGCUGUAAGUACAGCAUAGGUUCCUGUGGGACUUGCCCAAUGUGUGAACCAAAGGUUUUUUUCUCCCCUUUCAGUAUUAAAAACUGACCCCAAUAGGAAAAAAAAGAUGCCAUUUUCAGAAAGUGUGCAAGGUGAGUAUAGAAUGCAAAGUGAUAGAGAGUUCGGCAAAUGGAGUUCAGAAAUUGAACAUUUAAGUGCCAACUUCCCUGUCAGCUCUAUUCAUUCCGGAGUGAAGGAAUAGCAGUUCAUGUUCUGACUGUCUGGCGAAUCAGGAUACCAGGUUUGCAAGUUGGUCUUUUAUUAUUGGGGUGGCAGAAAGACUCAUUUUCCAACCCCCUUGCAACAUUUUGAAGCCAGUCUGGAUUCACAUACCAACAAAGAAGGUUAUUGGAGUGAAGCAUAAUGAUGCCCAAAGGUUCAAGGAAUGGACAAGCUAACUGCCUUGUUCCAGAAUGUUUGAACUACAAUUCCCACCCUCCCAGCCAACAUGGUUUAGGACAAUGGGAGAGUGUAGUCCCACCCAUCUCAGGGAAGGAGCAAGGUAGGGUCAGCUGAUACUUGAAUGAUACUUGAAUUUAAGGGAAACAGCGGACUUUCAGCUGUGUUUUGCAGUCAGGGGAAAUACAAAAACACAGAACUCCAUCUCUUGCCUGGAGACUGCAGGAGGCAUCAUUUUGCCUGUGUCAGGAAGCAACCAAGAGAAACAGCCAGCUGAAUUAUUGAGUAGGAAAGGCUCUAAGUAGCAAGCCCUUGAAUGUCGGCCCCUAGAUUAGCACUUUACCAUAUGUAAUUCUUUCAUGAUUAAUAGGGUGAAGAGUUCAUACUGUACAUGGGAGAUAAGAGGCAGUUCAAGGAUCAAAACCCUCCAGUCUCAUUUUAAAAAGGAAGAAAGGAAGAUUUAUUUUAAUGGCCUCUGUACAGCGAGCUCACUCUCACAAGAUACCCUAAUUUGUCUUGAUGAUGGCCUCUGAAGACCACCUAUUCCUAAGAAGAGCUUGCCCAAAUGGCUUCUCCAGAUAUGUUGGAUGAUGAGACUACAAGCUCCAUCCUCCUCAGCUGGCAUGGAAAGUGCCCAAGUAUGUUAUCGUCCAAGGCCUCAAGAGGAUUGUCUAGAACAAUGUUUCUCAACCUGUGGGCCGGGACCCUGGGACGGGUAGCAAGGGAGUUUCAGAGGGGUUGCCAGAUAUAUUUCUGAUGCUCUUAGGAACCUCUUUGGCAGAGAAGACUGAAGAUCUCUGCCUGUCCUUCUCUUCCUUUUUGGAAACAUACAGCGAAUCCUUCCACCAAAAGCUCUCAUCUGCUGUGAUUGGCUGGCCUCUCAGCUGGCCUCUCAGCCAAAGGGAGAGCUGUUUCUGAGACUCCAAGUGGGAAGAGGAGAGCAGGUGUGCUCUGCACAUGGCAGCAUGGUGCACAUGUGCAGGUGAGGGAGAGCGUGCGAGGCUGGAGGGAGGUUCGCACUAGCGAAUCCCUUCAAGACGUGGGAGUUCUGUGUGGGAAGUUAGGCCCAAUUCUAUCAUUGGUGGAGUUCAGAAUGCUCUUGAUUGUAGCUGAAGUAUAAAUCCCAGCAACUACAAUUCCCAAAUGACAAAAUCAAUCCCGCCCCCCACAACCCCACCAAUAUUCAAAUUUGGGCAUAUCAGGUGUUUGUGCCAAUUUGGUACACUGAAUGAAAAUACAUCCUUCAUAUUAGAUAUGUACAUUACAAUUUACAACAGUAACAAAAUUACAGUUAUGAAUUAGCAACAAAAAUAAUUUUAUGUUUGGGGGUCACCACAACAUGAGGAACUGUAUUAAGAGGUUGUGGCAUUAGGAGGGUUGAGAAACACUGGUCUAGAAUGUUACUUCCAGUUAUGUAUUCAUUCGGUUCAAUGGAGGCCAUUAGCAGAGUCAAUCCAAGGACUGGUUGGGUCAGUAUAUCAGCUGUAAAAUAUUUUGGUGCAAGAUGUAGCUCUCUGUGUACCAGGACUCUACAGUGAAAGGUGCCUUAUUCUAAAAGAGGAAUGAGAGAGAAAUUGAGAGGGAGAGCGGGAGAGAGAGAAACAAGGAGAGAGACACACUGUCAUCCCGUUUCAGUUCAGCAUCUUUUGUUCUAUUGCUGGUAGGGUUUUCUGCACAAACUUAAAAAUUCACCCAUCCAUCUUUUGGGUUGGGUACUUGCAUCAGCAAAAUUUAGAUCAAAGCACAUGGGCCAGGAUAUCAAAUGAUGACAUUCGCCCACAAAAUGAGCAAGGAGAAAGCAUAAGAAAACACACCUCACCUUUUCUGUAUGCAGUUUGUUUGUUUGCCUGCUUGCUUGUUUAUUUAUAGCAUUACCCUUGAUACCGGUGUUUCUGGGGUCAUCAACAAUAUGAUAGGAAAAUGUUAAAAACCAAGCAAUUAAAACAGCCCAAGUGGAAUAAAACUAUAAUACACAUGAGCACCAUGAACUUAAAGCAUAAUAGAUGUUUACAAGUCUAAAUUAUUUUAAUAGCUUUUAAUCUGUUCUGUUUUAAGUGUUAUAGUUUAAUAGACUUUCAGGAUUCUUUUCAAAAUGUUCAGAUUAUUUAUUUUUAUUAUAAAAAGUUUAUAUUGAUUGUAUUAUGUACUGCUUUGAAGAUUCUUGGAUGAGAUAGAAAUAUUUUUUAAAAAUGAACAAACAAAUGCAGUGUGUUGUCGAAGGCUUUCAUGGCUGGAAUCACUGGGUUGCUGUGAGUUUUCUGGGCUGUAUGGCCAUGUUCCAGAAACAUUCUCUCCUGAUGUUUCACUCACAUCUAUAGCAGGCAUCCUCGGAGGUUGUGAUGAACCAACCUGGACACAGCAUAUUAUUUGAGAACACAGAAAUGCUGGGCCACUCUAACAACUACCAUGUCCGGCUACACAGAGAAGCCAUUGAAAUCCACAAGCAUGUGGACAAUUUCAACAGAAAGGAGGAAAUAUACUGGCUACUAGUAUUUUAAAAAACCUCUAAGAUCAGGACAUUAAAUAAAGAGCAGCACUCAAAAAAUAGGGCAACACGAGACAAGAAUCAAUCAGGGGCAGCUAACACAUCCAACAAAGGAUUCCCACAGGCCCAACCAGCCAAGCUUUGAGGUUGCAAGGCCAUUAAAUGUUAAUCAAGGUGGUCAACAUUCACACUUGCCUCAAACAGACAAGAGUUAUUUCUCCCACCCUGGACCUUCCACAGAUAUA